CUCUCCCCGCUGUCUCCAGGCGCGCACCGCCAGUCGCUCCUCGCCGCUCUUUGCGCACGGACACUUCUCCACAUUCCCACUUGUAUCCGCUUAUCACUUCUCUACCCCGAGCGUCACCAGCGACCUCGGACUACUGUACUUUCUCUUUUAAGGUCCAGUAAUUAGUUUCGCGUUGAGCCUCGGACUGAAGAACAAUGUGAUUGUGGCUCACGGGGAUUUAGUGUCGUGACAUGCUUUCAGGACCCGGCGUCUCCACAAGGAAAUGGGACUCUCUGCAUUUAUGGUUACAUGAAUGUCAGCGCUGCAGGCCAGAUGCCGGUGAUGGAGGAGCUUGUCAGUGAGAGCGACAGCAUGCCAAAGCGGAUGGCUCUGAUCUGCUUCCUGUCUCUGGUCAUGCUGAUGAGCGUCCUGGGAAACCUGCUGGUCAUGGUGGCUGUCUGCAAGGACAGACAACUCAGGAAAAUCAAGACCAACUACUUCAUCGUGUCCUUGGCGUUUGCCGACCUGCUGGUGUCGGUGCUGGUGAUGCCUUUUGGUGCCAUCGAGCUGGUCCACCAGCACUGGAUCUACGGCGAGACCUUCUGCCUGGUCCGGACCUCGCUGGACGUCCUGCUGACCACCGCGUCCAUACUGCACCUGUGCUGCAUCGCCCUGGACAGGUACUACGCUAUCUGCUGCCAGCCUCUGGUCUACCGGAACAAAAUGACGCCCAUGCGAGUGGCUCUGAUGAUCGGCGGCUGCUGGGUCAUUCCCACCUUCAUCUCUUUCCUGCCCAUCAUGCAGGGCUGGAACAGCAUUGGCAUCAACCACCUGAUCGAGCAGCGGCGCCACAGCGAGGGCAGCAACUCCACAUCCUGUGUCUUCAUGGUCAACAAGCCAUACGCCCUCACCUGCUCCGUGGUGGCCUUCUACAUCCCUCUGGUCCUCAUGGUGCUGGCCUACCAGAGGAUCUACGUCACAGCCCGUGCACACGCCCUGCAGAUCAGCAUGCUGCAGCGGGCGGGAGGAGCCGGUGCCAGUGCGCCUGGUACUUCUGGCGCCGGUGUCGGCACUGGUGCAGACUCUGCUGACCAUCAACGCAACCACCGUAUGCGAACAGAGACAAAGGCAGCAAAGACUCUGUGCAUCAUUAUGGGGUGUUUCUGCCUCUGCUGGGCACCGUUCUUCGUCACCAAUGUGGUGGACCCGUUUAUAGACUACACGGUGCCAGACCAGCUGUGGGCGGCUUGCUUGUGGCUGGGCUACAUCAACUCCAUGCUGAACCCCAUCCUCUACGCCUUCCUCAACAAGUCCUUCCGCCGUGCCUUCCUCAUCAUCCUGUGCUGUGGGAGGAAGAGAUACCGCAGGCCGUCCAUCCUGGGGUCCGGCGCUCCCUGCACAGCCACGCAGAUCAACGGCUCCACACAUGUACUCAAGUAUUCUGUCCUUCAAAACGGGAACCACACGGAGCAGAAGAAGUCUCUGCACACCGGCACAGAGUCCCACGAGUCCUGCUUGUGACCCACAACGACUCCUCAGUCACAUCUCCAAUGACCUCGGCUCUCACGUCGUCACCACACAGACGAUGGAAACACACCACAGCCUUCACAAAUCCGGAGCUGAAAUCCAACACAGAUGGCUACAAAUCCAGCAGAACAACCACAGCCCCGACGGGACUUUCGGGAUCCAGGCGAGGAGCAUGACAUUGCAAAGGGUGCAUCUGGUUUAAAAGUUCAGCCGAAACUCACCCUGUGGUCUUUAAAGGUGGCAGGGACCUAGUGGAACUGGAACGAAACCAGUUCUCUGUCUUUCUGAUUUCUGUCAUGCUGGUUCUCCCCGUCUGCAGGCCCACAGAGACUGAGCUGUCCCGGCUGAACUGAACCGGAGCCGGAAUGCGACUGCGAUCCCGUCAGCAGGCCCGCUGGUAGCUAUCUGUGUCGUCCAGCUUGUCUUGUGGAGAACCGGCAGCUUCGGUGGAAUGUGUAGGAGAAUUUCACAGCACGAGACGCGAUUAAUGACUGACUGUGAGUCGUGGAAGUGAAUUAUGUUGCCAAAGCUAUUUCAUAUUACACAGAGGACCUAUUUCUGAUUAUUAUACGAUGCUCCCUGUUGUUUUCCGGUACAAAAUCAGACAAAUUGACGAUAGACUUUAGGAAGUCGUUCCCUGUAAAAUGAGCAUUAUAAGUUGGCUUUUUAAUGAAGUGUUAUUCAUGAGGAGAGGCAGAGUUUAGAGUGUUCUUUCUUUUGCCAAACAUCACAUGUUAAACAUCACGUGUUUUAGCCUCGACACAAAGCUGAGGAACCUGUGUGUCUCCGAGGUAGAGGCUUUGCAGUUUUGCUAAAUCCUCACUAAGCUGAAAAGAAAAUGUGUUUGCAAGGCUGCGUUAAAUCCUUGACCCAAACUGUCGAAGUGCAUUAUUACAGAGGCUGCUAGCUCACACUCUGUGUUCAUCACUCCGCGAGGCUCCAUCUGAAUCAUUGUUUUCCUCGCAAUAUGAAGUUUGAGGAUCACAACGCAUAAAAGCUGCUCAUGAAUGAUUCAACAGGCGCUGCGUUGGAGCGGUAUGUGCAUGGGUAUGAUGUGUGUGUGUCAUUGCAUUUGCAGGUUUUUGCAGUCUGUGUGUGUCCCUAUGUGUUUCCAUGGUGAUGCAUGCUUUCAUACGAGCGUGCUGCUGAGUGUGUCUUCAUGUGUGAUGUUCGUAUGUAUGAAACACCCUUUUCCCAUCAUCCCACGCUCAACACACUAUUUAUUCCCUCCGCCUCUGCUCACCUCCGAGGCCAUGUUAAAGAAUGUACCAGAAAUGUUUAUUCAUGGAAACUGUGAGCACUAAAGCCAGCUGUUUACCUGUACCCAUAAUGCAACAUUUUUUAUUUGAAAAGAAAUCUCAGUUGUAAUUGAUUUCCUGUUAUUUCCCUUCAAACCGUCCAGCAUAAAACGUUAUUCAGAAGGCCACUUACUGGUCUCAGAAGGCUGAAUCUCACCACUUCCUCUCACUGAGCGCUGCUGCCACUCAUGACACAUGAAAAACACAGUGGAGAAAUUUCUUAAUGAGACAACAAGUGAAAAUGAAUCAUCUGAUACUUCCAAAUCAAACCAGCACAUGCAGCGUCUGCUCUGCUGCUCUGCUUUUGCACUCAGAUGUUGAGUUUGAGGAAGUUACCUUUCCUUGUAGACUCACUUUUACCUUCCUUUAAUAUAAUAAACAAAGUUUAACACAGGAUAAUAACAGUGAAAAUACUCUACUGCUGCACUGUGCGAGGAAGGAUGGUGCAUAAAGGGAGGCUGCAUAGCGGCAACUCCUGUACGUUCUGUCCCUAAUCACCGUGUUUAUAUUAAUUAUCAAUUAAACGACUCAGUAUAGUGUGAAGGGCUCGCUCACAGUGGCAGACCCACAGAGAUUAUCACCACCUCUGCAGCUCCACACGGCUCUAUAGUCUGUUUAGCUCAUUAUUUUGGUAUUACAGCACAUUUAUUACAUGGCUGAGUGGCCUCACGUGUAGCUGUAGCAAUAAACAAGUUCGGAUAAACCCACAGCGAGCUACCGCCCAACACCAAACAGCAGAUAGACAACGAAUCAAGAGCUAGAUGGUGACCAAAGCAGAUCAAAAAGGAGACUGAAUAUUGGACUUGUAUUCAACAAGUGUUGCUGUUGCUCUGUGUCUGCUGGACGUGCGGAUAUUCUAACAAAUUAUCUACAACAACUUUAUAAACUUAAGAUAUGUCAGGGUCGUGUGUCUGUCAGCUUGUUGCGGAGUUAUUCUGCCCCCAAGUGGUCAAAAAGAUCAGUUUAUCAAAAGCAUUAUACCAAGUGUGACUUUGAGAAGAGAAAAAAUUGAUGUGGUUAUAAAUGUUAAUAUAUGAGACAGACCCCAGCAGCCUUAUUACAGGAAAUAUUCUGCUUGUCCUAUCUUAAGUUUCAAAGACAGAAAAAAAAUUGUUCUAACACAGAAGCAAUUCCUGAACUCAUGGCUGUGUCCAGUCUCAUCUCAGACUUCCUAUCUCAUCUUAGAGGUAGUAUCCCUUUACUGUUCAUUGUUCAGGAGGUUUUUUGAGUUAUCCUCAGAGGUCUCUUCCCUCUUCCUCCACAAAACAAACAGACCCGGCGACUGGAACCACUAUAAACACUGAAUGACGCAUUUCAGUUCAGUUCAAUUUAUAAAGCCCAACAUCACAGAUCACAAUUUGCCUCAGAGGGCUUUACAGCUGAAAUCAGUGCCUCUCCAACGCUGCUCAGCAUCUUGGAGACGGUGGCUCGCCAAGAAAGUGCUAUUGUGUGCUCACCUGACCCUGAGUCGAAUUAUCUGCAGAGGCGGCUUCCUCACCGAAACAGACGGACCAAGUGAUUUAACCCACUAGGAACGCUGAACAAAGCUGUUUCAUGUCACAAACCAGUGUAACUGGUGCUGCUCAGUGCAGCUGGGCUUCUUGCUACAGCGGCCAACGUGAGAGGGUGAAAACACAAGAAUACAAAAACACGAAUGUCCCUAACUGGAGCCAGUGUUUGGUUUGUCCACUGUGAGCAGGGGCGAUUGCUCUGAGACAACAAGGGAGGCUGAACUUCCCCUAAAAUUUCAUAGCAGAAAUGGUCAAAUAUGCACUACUGAAUUUACAUUAAAAUAAGAAUUUACAUUGCAUUAAACGUGCGCUAGGAUGCGUUUCACAUCAUGACUAUGUUGUUCAAACAUCAGCUGUUUAUCACCAGUUUUCAAACGUGACCUCCCUGUCAUACAUUCUCGUGUCAGCACGGUGGACGCGGAGCCUCCAAGCAUUCCUAUGAGACAGCGCUGAGCAGGUUUCUUUCAUGCAGCAAAGCGAGACGCUCACUGGAUAAAUGCGACACAAUCGUCACUUCCAGGGAGGCUCAGCUUCCCUGGGACCUAAUGGAGCCAUAGGCGUGGUUGAAAAACGGCUUCAAUUAAAUGUUCCUUGUAUAAGUUACUGCCUCUCUACAAUAUGACAAAUUUUAUGACGUAAACUUAAAGUGAGCUUCCCCUGUUUGAAAGACCAGCAGCCGCCACUGACUCUGGGCUAUUGUAGAAACAUGGCGGUGCAAUAUGGCGAUCUCUAUAAGCAAGGGCCCGCUCCUUAUGUAGAUAUAAACAGCUCAUUUUAAGGUAUGAAAACACAAGUGAUUAUUCACCUAAGAAAAUACUUAUACUCUAUUUCUACCACCAUAUCCCCCUAAAUCCUACACACUGGACCUUUAAAUCAAGACUGAUUUUCUGUAGUUAAGGAGCAGUUGAUAACAGUGAACAUACACUUUUGUUUUUGCUCCCAUUUGUCCACACAUUUAGAUGAAAGACUUUUUAUGUACUCUAUGGAUAUAUUUCACUCACAUCGUGGUUGCAAAUUCAUUAAAUCAGUGUCAGUGAGCACUUCUCCUUUGCCCAGAUAAUCCAUCCACCUGGCAGGUGUGACACGCUGAUUAAACAGCACGAUUACUUCACAGGUGUGACGUGGGAUGGUAACAAUACAAAGCCACUCUAAAAUGUCAGGUGGAUGGAACUUAACAAAUGUGCGACCAAGAGAAAUAUAUCUAUAGUGCAUAAAAACUCUUAAACCUGUGAAAAACAAGCAAAAACAAAAGUCUUUAAAUGUAUUUUUAAGAGGACAAACAGUGAACAUAGUUUCUUCCAGAGCCAACUCAGGCACAGAAACAGAAGUGAACCUUAUAGGAACAAACACAACCCUCUCAAAUCAGUUAAUCAGAUGAAAACAGUGUCGAGCUCUGAUUCAGUGGCACAAAGAAAAGCCAAAAAGCUCUUGACUGGAAACACUUGGGCAUGCGAGGUAAUUACCAAUCUGUGCAGAGACGAGCCCAUUGACCCAGUUUAACCAGUCACAGUUCAGAGGAAACAUCCAAUCUGAAACUUCAGAAAUGACUCCGGCUCUCAUGUUACUCCAGAUACAUAAAUAUGAGCCUCACACAUCACAGAUCAGCCGGGAGAGAGUGAGAGGAGGGUCAGCUGCUUCACACACGAUGGACACUUCACUGUAGUUCAGUCUAAUUCAGUUACUUACCAUCAUGUUCGAACACUAAAGCACAUGGUCACAUCUCCACAGUUUUAGACAAUAGAUAUGAGUUUACAAGACUAAUGACCUUUCAGUGCUACAGAGGACAUCCGUCAUUUAAAUGAUCAUGUACAAUAUACAAAAUAAAUGUUGCCAAUGACACUGACAGCAGUAUCGUACCAGCGUGAACGUAGAGAUCAUUUUCAUCUGCAGGCAGCUGUUUGUCUUGCUGAAGUGUCCUUGAGCAAGACAUGAAUGUCCAUGACUUUCAAAAUCUGCCUUUCGAGUAUCAUUCACUUUCUGUAGGCUUGAACCGCUGUGAGAAAUCAAACCUGUCGCCAUAAUUAAUGUUGCCACUGUACUUUUCUGCAGAUCCCUGAUGUGUUAUAUUUGUACAAUGUUGUGUAGUGGAUACGCUGAAACGUUUCAUUUCAACGUUCUUCUUCUGGCGUAUGUCCUUAGACCUUCAGCUCCGUUGAGGCGUGACAGUCCAGUGUUUCAUCGUCCAGGUCAGUUAGACCACGAUCGCCAUUCGGUGGCCAGUGUUUGGGGCAGCUGGUUAUUAUGUGUUCCACAGUUUGUAGUGGAUCCCCACAUUCACAGUGGGCGCUGUCCACGAGACCCCAUUUUUGCAUUGCUGCCCGAAACGUCCUACACCUGUCCUCAGGCAGUUGAGGGUUGUCCGUUGUUUUAAUUUCAACCAUCUUGUUCGCCCCCUGGUGGUUGCCUGCAGUAUUGGUCAUAAACCUUUCCCCCUCCAAACUAAAAACUCCAAGUACACAUCCAAUAAAUUUCUCCCAUAGAUGGUUUCUGUCAUUUUAAGAUAACUUUAUUUGCCAUUUGUUCAGUCUGGGUACGAAGGAAUUCUUCUGCAAAUCACUUUGAGUCAAGUCAGAAAUAGACAGGUGACAAAUACUAAAAGGUAAAGUGCGCAAAACAAGGUAUGAUUAAUACAAGAAUAUAAGCUCCACCUGCAGGGUAUUCCGAAGGUUUUCCACAUUAUGGAUACUGCACAUUUCCAGUUUUUAUUGCACAUGAACUAAGGUAGAUGAGGGAAGAUGUCACACACAGCGGAGCGCCAUCUUGCUGUCGAUCAGCCAUUGAAAAAGAAAACGUAUCCAUGGUUUGCAGAAAUGUACAACACCAACAUUUUCUGGUGACUGGGCUGAAGAAGUUCAUCAGCUUGGAUUACAUUACGGCUACGAUGGAUUAAAUUGGUGAUUCAGUGGACUCACAGUAUCCGAAUAUCCACAGAAAUGUCCCAAGCCAUCCCUGCAGCACAACCCAGCUCCAUCUGGAUGCUCAGUUUGUUCCAAAGAGGUUUUUUCCCCUGAAAGUCGGCGAGAGACAGGUUCAGCUGUGUCAGGUUAUGGAUCAGCGACAGAAAAGUGGAAUAUGCUGCUGGAGUGGUUUGAAAAGUUUUAAUGGACGUUUCUGAUACAUUUUCCUGCGCACCAGUGGCGUGUUUGAUACUGCAAACAAACAUUCGGGACGGAGAAACACUUUAAAGCUCAGGAGGAUUUAGUGUUUCUCUCCAGGACACUUCGAGUUCUGGUAGAAUCACAUCACAUUGGAGGCGUUAGAUGGACGAGAGUCAAAACAAACAGUCACAUAAACCAGCUGAUAAAAACACACAAGGAAAUAGAUACGUAUGAUCCCAGAUAUUCCUCAGGUCAUGACGUCACACUCAACCAUCCAAGCAUGAGAAAUGGGUCGCUAUCAGAUGUCAAAAUCUUUCCGCUUCCACCCAUAAUCCCUUGCAAUUUCAAGUAAUUUCCUGUCGUCGGUUCAGAUGAUGUUCUUCACCUCCGUGCUGCUCGAGGAGAACUGAAGCUUCUCAGUUGUUUCGGUGCAACAGCUUGUUUCUGAGCACUUACACAACACAGUAAAAGGCUGUCUGCAGAGACGACCAGCAGAGUCUGUAUCUCAGUGUACAGCGAGUAGAAAAGUAACUCAUGAAAAAUAUAAAGUUCUUAUAUAAAGUUGAUCAUUUCAAGUGUAAAUUCAAAAUGCUUUGACUCUUGGAAAAACGCCUUUUCAUUCUGUGUUGGCUCAGUCGAGGCACUGUUUGACUCGUGAACUCACAAAUCUCAAAAAAACAUGAGAAGUUCUGCUGAAUGUUUGUGGCUGCUUCAGGAUUGUUGAAUAUUCUGCAGUACAUAUCAACUUUCAGCAUCAAGCAGUCAACAGGAAAUGUUUCCUAUACACUGAAAAACAAGUGUUGCAUUUCUUUGUUUUUGUUUUUCUAAGACAAACUAAACUGUGACCUCUUUCAGUUCAGCCACAAGCACAGUUAAUGAAGUUAAAAGAGCAAAUAUAGUCACUCCUUUAAUUUAUAAUCCCUUCCAAAAACAACCUGUGGAUGCUUUCGAGGCACAUUGAAUAUUUAUUUUCCAAUACAGAUUUACGUGAACCUUUCUUAGUAUUAAAGAAGACCUAUUAUGCUUGUCCUUAUUAUAUUUCAUAUAUAUAUAUAUAUAUAUAUAUAUA